GGGCGCAGCAGCUGCCCUGCCAUCAGCUCCCAGCGCGCAGGUCCGCGGGGAGGGGCGGCCUGCCGAAGGGCCCACCCCGGGGCGUUCCUGAAGGGCGCCCUCGGCCGCCCCCACCGCCCCCCAGAUGUACUAUGCGGUUUCCCAGGCGCGCGUGAACGCGGCCCCCACGACCAUGCUGCGGCCACAGCGGCCGGGGGACGUGCAGCUCGGGGCCUCCCUGUACGAGCUGGUGGGCUACCGGCAGCCACCCUCCGCCUCCUCCACUGCCUCCUCCUCCACGACGGCCCCCCUGCUCCCCAAGGCGGCGCGCGAGAAGCCGGAGGCGCACGCCGAGCCGCCCGGCACGGGACCCGGGCCCGGUGCUCACGCGGGCGGCGGCUCCCGGGCGGACGCCAAAGAGGAGCAGCAACAGCAGCUGCGGCGCAAAAUCAACAGCCGCGAGCGGAAGCGCAUGCAGGACCUGAACCUGGCCAUGGACGCGCUGCGGGAGGUCAUCCUGCCCUACUCGGCCGCGCACUGCCAGGGCGCUCCCGGCCGCAAGCUCUCCAAGAUCGCCACGCUCCUGCUCGCCCGCAACUACAUCCUGCUGCUGGGCAGCUCGCUGCAGGAGCUGCGCCGCGCGCUCGGCGAGGGCGCGGGACCCGCUGCUCCGCGCCUGCUGCUGGCCGGCCUGCCCCUGCUCGCCGCCGCGCCCGGCUCUGUGCUGCUGGCGCCCGGCGCCAUGGGGCCCCCCGACGCGCUGCGCCCCGCCAAGUACCUGUCGCUGGCGCUCGAUGAGCCGCCGUGCGGCCAGUUCGCGCUCCCCGGCGGCGGCGCGGGCGGCCCCGGCCUCUGCACCUGCGCCGUCUGCAAGUUCCCGCACCUGGUGCCGGCCGGCCUAGGCCUGGCCGCCGUGCAGGCGCAGUUCUCCAAGUGAGGGCCUGCCGGGGCCCGGGGCGCGAUCUCGGCCCGUCCUCCCGGCGCCCAGCUUCUCUGCGCCCCCUCGCUAGGCGCCCCGGGAGAGCGGGGACGAGCAAGGAGGGCAUUUCGAACCUUCUCGCCCAGAGAAAGGGACUGUGUGCGCCCCCUUCCCCACCCCCACCCCGGGGAAACUAAAGUGAUCUGAGCGGAUGUUCGAGGGAGCAUCGGGGCUGUUUGGGCUUCUGGGUGGAUUCUAGCAGCUUUGGGCGGCAGAGGCGCGCUCUGAUCCCCGUUCUUCCGUAGCGCGUGUCUACCGGGCCCCAGAGUUGUGCGCUUAGCAGUGUGGAUUUUAGGGCGCCUUGAGCUGGGUUUGGCUCGCUCUGGGCGCGGCGGGAGGCCAGCCCCAGCGCCACUGCUCACGGAGGCGACACCUGCAGAGCCAGGGGACCAACGGGCUGCUCUCCGAGGGCGGGGUGGUGGGGGGGAGGGACGAGGGGACGGUGUUUCCUUCUCCUCGGCCAGAGUUCACGGAUGGCCCUGUUCCCACCAGCCAAACCCUGUCACAGGAGGCUGCCCGACCUCCGGAAGCCGGGAAAGACCAGUAAUCAGUGCAGAUUGUCCUGAGCGCAGCAGACUGACAGAUCCUCGGCGGCCGGACGGUUGGCACCGCGGUGCCGCGGGAGGGGGCGAUGACAACUCCUGGGUCGUUGGGUGUGCUGGGUUGGGAAGUCCGCUUUUGUACCCCGGCUGUUAAGAGUGCAAUUUUUGAGAAUCGCAUAACCAGGUGUUUUGUUGCGGAAAUGAUUCGCUCUCAAAUCCUGGGGCCUCCUUAGAAAGAUAGUUCAGAACUCGAGAUUCACCGGUCUGUCCCCCUGCCCCAAAGGUAGCCGAACCCGCGUUUGAGCUUGCUUAAAAACAGCCACCACCUUUCACGCAGGCGGUGUUCCCGGUUUACUAAAAUAGGUAACAAGGCACUUCGCAGUCUCCGACUCGUCAGAAAGCGUGAUCGCUAAUUAUCCAUCUGUCUCAUUAAAAGACGCGGAGGGGGACCGGGAGCCCCAAACCUCUGGCGGGUCCCCCUGCGGUGGCGACGGCGGGAUGGCGCUCGCUGCGUGGUCUCUUCCUGUACCUGGUCCUUGACCAGCGCGCCGGGCAGGUGUUCUCGCCGCUUUGCAAUGAACAACUACAUAGAUGACCGGUCCUGAUUUGUUAACGAAUUACUCCAGCCAAGAUUAUUUCACGCUCUUUCAGCAGCUUACUUUGAAUUUUUUGUUUAAGGUUUUUGGUUGUUGGUAGUUGCCGAAUUUAACUGGCAUUUUAUCUCUAACUUUGUUUCGUUGCACUAUGAAGAAUCAACAGAAUAAAACACUUAAAGACCUUAUUUAUUUA